AUGAACAGUACAGAACCCGAGGGUUACGGCGUGUUGCUGUACUACCAGUACGUGGAUGUUUCUGAUGACGUGGCAGCAGCUGAUUGGAUGCGACGUAUCUGCGAGGAGGAAGGCCUCUUGGGCCGCGUCCGCGUAUCCAAGCAAGGCUUUAACGUCACGGUAGUGGGUCGCAUGUCCGCUCUUCAUAGUCACAUCGCCUCUCUCUCCCAGCACCCUUCCAAUUGGUUUGCCCACACCGACUUCAAGCUGGAGCCCUGUGAUUGGCCGCCAGAUCCCAGGAUAGCGCGGGAGUGCAACGUACAUGCGCUCUCAGUGCGGAUAGUCAAGGAGCUGGUAACCCUAUGCCCCGUGGAUCUCUCCCUCACAGCCAAUCACGUGUCUGCAGAGGCGUUUCAUCAACUCAUGUUGCAAGGGAGAGUGGGGAAUGGAGGAAUGGAGAAUGGGAAAGUGGAGAAUGGAGAAAUGGUGAAUGGGGGAGUGGAGAAUGGGGGAGUGGAGGGAGAGGAGGAAUCAACGGGAGAGUGUGAGGAGGAGCAGGAGGAGAAGGAGGAAGGGCGUGUGCCACGUGGCAUGGUGGUAUUGGACACCAGGAACGUGUACGAGACGCGCAUCGGACGAUUCGUGCCGCCCAAAGGUGCUGCCAGUCGCUUCCUUGUUAUGCCCAUGUGUUCUGGCCUGGGGAUUGACAUUCAUCCACCCCUGCAUCUGCCAGUUCAGCGAUCUACCGGCAUGGGUGGACACGCACGAGGCAAGGGGGAUACUGCAUACAUGCCCGAUCCCCUCCUUUCCUCUGUCACUUCCCUUGCACCGCACAAUCCCAUACCUGACACCACCUCCCAGGAGUGCAGUGCAACUCGGUUCAGCGAUCUGCCGGCAUGGGUGGACAGGCAUGAGGAGAAGCUGAGAGACAAAACGGUGCUCAUGUAUUGCACAGGGGGGGUCCGCUGUGAGUCAGCCACGGCGUAUCUCCGAUCCAAGGGGCCUGGAUUUCAAGACGUGGUGCAGCUGUCAGGGGGCAUCGUGCGUUAUCUCGAGGCGUUCCCAGAUGGGGGUUUCUUUCAGGGGAAGAACUUUGUCUUUGACCACCGCCUGGCUGUGCCACCAGCAGCGCCGCAACAAGCAACGAUUGGAGUGUGCUGUCUGUGCGUGAGGCCCUUUGAUGACUACAGCGGGAGGAACCGCUGCGCUGCAUGCCGCAUGCUGCUGCUCGUGUGCCCUGCUUGUACUCAGACAGAG